UCUGAACUGAAUGUUAAAGAUGAAGAAAGAAAGACACCAAUAACAUUACAGAGAAGAUGGAAAACAUAUCCACAAUUAGCACACGUUUUUUUCUUCUCGGACUUGUGGAAAUGGAGAAAGAGAAAUAUCUCUGUAUUAUACUCUCAUUUGGAAUAUAUCUUAUCACUAUGCUUUUGUCUAUUGUGAUUUUGUAUAAUGUCUGCAUCGAAGCAAAUCUCCACGAGCCUAUGUACCUAUUUAUAUGUAAUCUCCUUUUCAAUGGGAUGUUUGGUAGCACAUCAUUGUUCCCAAAAAUAAUAAUUGAUUUGUUAUCUGGAUCUAAAAUCAUCUCUGUUGCUGGGUGCUUCAUUCAAUCAUUUUGUAUGCACACAUUUGCAUCAGUAGAGGUAUUCACAUUUACUAUAAUGGCACAGGACAGAUAUUUGGCUAUUGGAGAGCCUUUGAGAUACCCAACACUAAUGACAAAUGGAAAAGCACUGAAUUAUAUAGGUAUAAUUUGGAUAAUUGCUAUUAUCCUUGUCCUUAUACCUGUGAUAAUGACUAUGAAACUUCCUCUGUGUGGUAAAAACAUAAACAAUGUGUUUUGUGAUAACAUGUCUCUAGUAAAUUUGGCUUGCGGUGACAGUUCCUUAAAUAACAUAUUUGGAGCAAUUGAGACUUUUAUUGUAUAUAUGGUUGCUCUGAUGAUUAUAAUUUAUUGUUACAUAAGGACAUUUCUGAUCUGUUUGAAGCUCUCGAAAGAUGCACAUCAGAAAGCUGUCAGUACUUUAGUAAGUCACCUGAUUGCGUUUUCAUGUUUUACAGUUGCAACUUUGUUUAUUGUGUUGCGUUACAGACUGAACAGUGGGUCUAUUCCUAUGUUCGUCCAUAUAUUACUCAGUUGUAUGGGGAUUGUUACCACUACCAUCGUAAAUCCUUUUAUUUAUGGAAUAAGGACAGAAGCUCUUAGAGUGAAAAUUCUCCAGAACCUAUUAAAAAUAUAUGCUCGGUAG